AUGAGUAAUUAAUUGUGAAAUAAAAAUAUAAAAUUGCAUAAAGGGAUUUAAAAAAUACAGGCGUGGGGGAAAUGGCUAUUUCAAAGACCCUCUUGGUUAUCCAUAGUUCUAAGUUGUACAGGUAUUUGAAGAAAAGACAACCUGUACCUGAGAAUCUGUGUCAUUGCUUCCUAAUUAAUACAUUUUCCAUUAAAAUGUCUCAGUGGUCCAUGCCAUUUAAAUCCUCACUUUCUUGUGGCAUUUCACCACAUUGUUAAUUAUUGACACGAUUUCAAUACGGAUAUCACAGUUGUAAAGAUCUCCAUUUCACCCAUUAACUCAGUUAAGCAACUCAAGGAGGAGGGUGCACAAUGCUUUAAAAGAGAUCCAGAAAUCCCCGACAACAAGCAUCCGUAGAUCCUUUCAGAACUGCUUUCAUAUUUUGCUACUGUGAUUCUUGAUAGUUAAAUCAAAAAUAUAGAAAGUGUUCUGUCUCACAGAAGUACAUCUGUGUCUUUGGCCCAAGAUGUUGGUAGAUGAGCGUAUUGUAACCCUCUUUAAAAGGAACGCCCAUCACACACUGACUUAUUGGAGUGUUUUCUUCAGCUUUGGACUCUGCAUUGCUUUCCUUGGACCUACAAUUUUGGACUUGCAAUGUCAAACAAACUCAACACUUAGUGAGAUCACCUGGGUAUUUUUUGCCCAGCAGUUCUGCUUGCUGAUUGGUAGCUCUGUUGGUGGCGUUUUCAAGAGAACGUUGUUCAGCGCUCUUGCUGCCCUGUUUGUCUCUGCUCUUAUCAUUUCUGUCGUUUUUGCCAUCAUCCCUGUGUGCAAUAAUGUCAUUGUGCUGGCCAUUGCCAUGGCUGUGUCGGGUUUGGCCAUGGGUGUUAUCGACACUAUUGCUAACAUCCAGCUGGUCACCAUCUAUCAAAAGGACUCUGCUGUUUUCUUACAGGCUCUGCACUUCUUUAUUGGGUUCGGCGCCCUGGUGAGCCCAUUGAUUGCAGAUCCUUUUCUUUCGGAGACUGGCUGUGGGAAUCACACAGGGAAUGAGACUGAGAUGAUGCAUCAUUUCAGGAACAUGCUGAGAAACAGUCCGAUUGCAGGGCACAACAUAACUCAGAGCCCCCUGCCCCAUGAGGGAGGAGAAGAGAAAAACUCAAGCGUGCACUAUGCUUUCUGGAUCAUGGCACUUAUCAAUCUUCCCGUGCCUAUUGCAGUCCUGUUUCUGAUGUAUCGGGAGCAUCUGAUUCCGUGCUGCCCUAGCACUCCACGGCUUUUGGACAAAGAUGAACUUGCAAUGGAGACCCAACAGGGGGCCGAAGGUCCAGACUUAGAGCAUAAGGAACAAGAAGCUGGAGGUCAUGGGAAUAUCUUCAGCUGCUGUCAGAAUGAUAACCUGCGCGGACUGCCAGUAUCAUUUUUUAUGAUUCAUAUUCUUGGAGGGAUGGUGCUCUUUAUGACCGAUGGCAUUGUGGGUGCAUACGCUGGCUUUGUGUACACUUAUGCUGUCACGCCACCAAUGUCACUGCCUAAUAAGACAGCAGGUUACCUGGCUAGUAUCUUUUGGGCAGCCAUCACUGCUGGACGUCUUUUGUCUAUACCUCUCUCAUAUCGUUUCCAGCCUGUGAAACUGCUCAUUUUCAACCUGGCAGGAGCUAUUGUUACUGGGCUGAUGCUGCUUAUUUUCUACACUAGUAGCAUCUUUCUUUUUGUUGGAACGUGUUUAUGUGGGCUUUUCCUGAGCAGCAUUUUUCCCUGUAUGCUCGCCUAUACUGAGGACAUCCUGGACUACCAGGGCUGUGCGACGUCAGUUCUGGUGACGAGUGCAGGGAUGGGAGAGAUGGUGAUCCAGGUUCUGGUUGGCUCAAUUAUUCAAAGUAAAGGCAGCUACAGCUUCCCUCUAUGUGGAAUGAUAAUCGGCUGCAUUGGUUUUAUCCUUUUCAUUGGACUCCUGCUGUUCCAUCGAAUGCACAGAAAUUAUCUCACAGGAACAUCGAAGAAAUCGGCAAUAGUAGAGGAGCCAGUAGCAGAGCAGAAUGGGUCAGCAAAAACAGAAGAAACAGAGAACAAGGACACCAGCUGAAAGAGGAACAAUCAGUGUUGUCUGAUUAUUUAGUCUUUUAAUAUUCCUGUUCUAAUGACAAGGUAUUCACAAAGCUGAUAGUGUGCCAAUGUUGGAGAUAGUUCCAUUUUUCUUUAAAUUAGUCUUGUCUUUUGUAAGUUCUGGGCAGCUGUCAUCAGAUCACAUGACACGAGGAGAACAAAACUGACUGUUCAGGGAUUAAUUAACACAUUUUUCUAUUUGUUUUCACAUAUUUGUGGUUUGUAUGUAUAUUAUGAGUGUAAUACAAAGUUAUCCUGAUACAGUUUAACAUCUCAAAUGUUUCUUACUUUCUAAUUAUCUAUUCAAGAGGACUGCCUUAGGUUUUACAUCCAUCUGACAUGUAGAGGGAAGAACUUUGUACUUAGAGAAGUUAGCCUGAGAGAAUAAACUACAAACCUCAAACAGAGUUAUACCAUUUUAAACAGUUAACCUGACAAUCUAUAACUUCAGCUGCCAGAACAAUAGUGGCUGUCAGUUUAUUGAAAUAAAUAAAUUUCACAGUG